AUGGAAAUUAUCGUGACUGCUGCUCUGAUGCUGAUCAUUAACGGGAUUUACGCAACAUCUCAUCAGGGAUCAGAUCUGCUGCCUCACAUGCCCAAUGUGUGUACAGAGCGUGAGGUGAAACUGGUGGCUCAUAUGCAACCCUGUGUGCAGGCCUUCACCCGCAUGGUCAAAGUCUGGAAACAAGGAUGUGAAGGACAAACGUGGUGCAUGGGAUAUGAAAGAAGGACGGCGUACUAUACUGCAUACAGACAAGUGUAUCGGCAAAAUUAUCACACAGUGCACAAAUGCUGUCCAGGAUGGUCCCGGCUCAAUGGGGAGGCUGGAUGCCUCUACCCUGUCUGUAGUUACGGGGUGUGUUUUAACGGAGGCCGGUGCAGUGAGGAAUCUUCACAGCUCUGCGAGUGUCCUGCUGGCUUCCAUGGACCCAGCUGUCAGUACGAUGUGAACGAGUGUGAGGAGACUAACGGAGGCUGUGAAGCUCUGUGCUGUAACACUAUCGGCAGCUUCUACUGCAAGUGUCCCUCAGGCCAGGAGCUUAAAGAGGAUGGAAAGACCUGCCAAGAUAUUGAUGAGUGCCAGGCCCAUAACGGAGGAUGCCAACAUACAUGUGUGAACACCCGAGGCUCCUUCCACUGCCAGUGUAACCCUGGUUUUCGUCUGCACUUUGAUUUACAGACCUGCAUUGGUGUCCACUCGUGUGGCAUUGGUAAUGGCGGCUGCGAGCACCUUUGUAUCCAGCAGUCAGCAGCCGAGUUCCAGUGUCGCUGUCGACCCAACUACAAACUAGCAGAGGACGGCAAACGCUGCAUCCUGCAGGACCCGUGUGCUUUGAGAAACGGUGGUUGCUCUCAGGAGUGCCACAGCGAUGGAGGCCGUGCUCGCUGCGACUGUCACCCAGGCUAUACACUAGCAGAGGAUGGCAAGACCUGCCAAGACGUCGAUGAGUGCCAGACGGUGCAGUGUGCACAUGGUUGCCGUAACACCAGAGGUUCCUUCGUGUGUGUUUGUAAUGCUGGUUAUGAGGUGGGAGCUGAUGGCAAACAGUGCUAUCGAAUCGAGAUGGAGAUUGUAAACAGCUGUGAGAAGAAUAACGGUGGUUGUUCACACCACUGUGAGCAUUCCACUAACGGCCCGGUGUGUAGCUGCAACCAGGGCUACCGGCUCGAUGAUGAUUUGAGGACUUGUAUCGACAUAGAUGAAUGUGUGGAUGGUAGCUCAUGUUGUGAGCAGGACUGUACGAAUUAUCCAGGAGGGUAUGAGUGCUACUGUGCUGCUGGAUACCGGCUCAAUUCAGAUGGCUGCAGCUGUGAUGAUUUAGAUGAAUGUCUAGCUGAUAAUGGAGGCUGUGAUCACACAUGUCAGAACAGCGCUGGAUCAUUUCAGUGUUACUGCAGACGUGGGCAUCGUCUGGACGAGAACCGUCGCUCGUGUAUCUUGCUGGAAGAUGCAGUAGAAGUUCUGAGCAGUGGCCUGGAGGAAAAACCUCAGCUUCAGUUGAUAUUGCUUCAGGAUUAUGAGCAACUGGAGCGCUAUGACGACUACGAGGAGGACGAGGGGGAACUGCGAGCUGAGAGUACACUGAGCGAGAAAUUUGUGUGUCUGAAUAACACGUUUGGGUUUGACUGCAGUCUGACCUGUGACGAUUGUGUAAAUGGAGCAGUGUGCAACAAACACAAAACUGGAUGUAACUGUCCAGAUGGAUGGACUGGGACUGUCUGCAACCAGACCUGUCCUGAGGGCUGGUUUGGCAGGAACUGUUCAUUUCAGUGUAAGUGUAAGAAUGGAGGUGUGUGUGAUCCGGUGAGUGGGAGCUGUCGCUGUCCACUAGGGGUCAGUGGAGAACACUGUCAAGAUGGCUGUCCUGCAGGAUUCUAUGGCAAGCACUGUAAUAAAAGAUGCCACUGUGCCAACAAUGGACGGUGCCACCGUACAUAUGGAGCCUGUUUGUGUGACCCAGGAUUGUACGGACGCUUCUGUCACCUGCCGUGUCCUAAGUGGAUGUUUGGUGCAGGCUGUGCUGAGGAGUGUAAAUGUAUCCAACAGAACACUGUCGAGUGCCACCGACAAUAUGGCAACUGCAUCUGCAAACCAGGUUAUCAGGGAGACAGAUGUGAAAAAGAGUGUGAUGCAGGUUUCUAUGGUAAAGGCUGUGAGAAAAAAUGUUCAUGCCUGUCUGGUGUGGCAUGUGAUCCUGUAGCUGGGGUUUGUCAGCGCCAGUGCCCGGCUGGCAAGAAGGGAGACAACUGUGAUGAGGACUGUGAAAAUGGACGAUUUGGGAUUGGUUGUUCUCGGUCAUGUGACUGUUCUGGAGCUCCAUGUGACCCAGUCACUGGCCAGUGUGAAUGUCCUGCUGGGAUGACCGGAAACAAAUGUGAGACAGGGUGUCCUGCAGGGCAGUGGGGCGUGAACUGUAAGGGGACGUGUCCAUCUUGUGAAAAUGGAGGAUUAUGUGAUAAACACAACGGCUCUUGCCUCUGUCCACCUGGAUUCAUGGGUCGGCUGUGCCAAAACUCAUGUCCAGUGGGCCGGUUUGGUUUGGGAUGCCAGCUGAAGUGUGUGUGUGAGAAUGGUGGGCGAUGCCACCCAGUAACCGGGCGCUGCUCAUGUGCUCCAGGCUGGACUGGGCACAGCUGCAAAAAAGGUUGUGUUGCUGGACACUGGGGACAGGACUGCACAAACCUGUGUGACUGCAGGAACAGUGAUGGAAGCUGUAAUGCAGUGACAGGCCGGUGUAAUUGUGAAGCAGGAUUUACAGGCGCUCGCUGUGACCUCAAAUGUCCUGCUGGGUUUUUUGGACUUGGCUGUCGGCAGAGCUGCCAGUGUGAUAAUGAGGCACUGUGUGACCAUGUGAGUGGAGCUUGUACCUGCAAGGUGGGCUGGACAGGAACCUUCUGUGAAAAACCCUGUCCACAGGGUUUUUACGGGUUGGACUGUAAGCAGAAGUGUUUGUGUAUGAAUGGUGGACACUGUGAUCACCUCACUGCUGAGUGUGUGUGUUCAUCAGGUUGGAUUGGUCCAAACUGCAACCAAACGUGUCCUGUUGGAUUUUAUGGAGAAAACUGUACUCAGAUCUGUACCUGUGAGAACAGUGAGAGCUGUCAUGCAGUUACAGGACAGUGUAUGUGUAGUGCUGGGUGGAUUGGACACAACUGUUCACAAAGAUGCCCGAUGGGUUUAUUUGGGCUCGGCUGUAGUCAGAGGUGCCUGUGCCAGCACGGUGGGCUGUGUGACCAUAUCAGUGGAAAAUGUUCAUGUACCAGCGGCUGGACAGGCACAGCAUGUGAGCAGGAGUGCCCUGCAGGACAUUAUGGACCAGACUGUCAGCAGCAUUGUGAAUGUGAGAAUGGAGGGCAGUGUGACAGACACACUGGGCAGUGUACAUGUGGACCAGGCUGGAUCGGAGUGCACUGUGAGAAAGCUUGUGUAUCAGGGCGGUUUGGCGAUGGCUGUAAGAAGCAGUGUGAGUGUGAACAUGGUGCUUCAUGUGAUCAUAUCAGUGGGAGGUGUGCGUGUCUACCAGGAUGGAGAGGAGUUCACUGUAAUAAAGCCUGCUUGCCAGGCACAUAUGGAUCAGACUGUGCCCAUCUCUGCACAUGCCCACAUGGCAUCUCCUGUCACCACGUUACCGGAGAGUGCGGCUGCCCACAGGGUUACACCGGGAACGGCUGUGAACAGACCUGUCUGCCCGGCACUUACGGCCUGAACUGUAAUCAGGUGUGUCAAUGCUCAGAGAAGAACCAGCUGUGCCACCCAGUGUCUGGGGAGUGCUAUUGCGCACCGGGAUACAGAGGACCACGCUGUGAUCUGGCUUGUGAAACUGGAACUUAUGGUCCAGACUGUAAGAGGAAGUGCCAGUGUCUGAAUAAUGGGGUCUGCCAGGCCACCACGGGCUUGUGUGAAUGCCCACCUGGCUUUAUAGGAGCUCAGUGCAACAUCACAUGUCCAGCUGGGCACUAUGGGCAGGACUGUGACAAAGUGGCAAACUGUGGUGACGGAGCCAGGAAUGACCCGGUCACUGGAAGAUGUGUUUGUGCACCUGGGCAUAAAGGAGAGAACUGUGGAGAAGGCUGUGCUCCUGGUUGGUACGGUGUUGACUGUUCUGAUCGCUGUAACUGCAGUAAUGAAGGACUGUGUGACCCUGUUACUGGAAACUGCACAUGUGGACUUGGCUUUACUGGACAUCACUGUGAGAAAGAGUGCCCUGAGGGAUGGUACGGUCCGAACUGUGCACUGGUAUGUGAGUGUCAGCACAACAGUACGUGUGACAGAGUGACAGGAAGCUGUCGGUGUGGACCGGGUUAUUAUGGACAUCGCUGUGAGCACGCAUGCCCCGCCGGUCUGUACGGACAUCGAUGCCAGCAGCAUUGCAACUGUUUAAAUGGAGCUGUGUGCCACCCCAGCAGUGGGCACUGCCUCUGUCUGGCAGGUUAUCAGGGAUUACGAUGUGAUACAGACUGUGAGCAGGGCAGGUACGGUGUGAAUUGUACAGAGUUAUGUGAUUGUGAGGACGGUACAUCAUGUGACCCAGUGAGCGGCCGCUGUAUGUGUGCAUCAGGAAAAACUGGACCAAAGUGUGAAAGUGAGUGUGGAGUGAACCGGUAUGGGCCGGACUGUGCACUAACUUGUGAGUGUGAGAAUGGUGCUCAGUGUGAAGAUCGUACUGGUCGCUGUAUGUGUCUACACGGCUGGAUUGGACCCACAUGUACAGAAGGUGGACCUCCAAAACUCAGCAGCACAAAAGAUCAGUCACAGCUAAACAACUUAUUAUAGCAGUCCAGCAGCACAUAAAGUAAAUCAGGAUGGGAACCAGGUUUCACACUCCGUGCUUAAUCUCUGUGUAAACUGAAUGGUGCUAAAACACACUGCAAAUUUCCUCACACUAUUUAUUAUGAUGGAGGCAUGAGCUGCACUGACUUUGAAAAAUGUUUCACCUUGGUGUUGAAGUCACUGGCUGGUCACAUUUAAGUGAUAAUGAAAGUCACAGAUUAAACAUAGCUGUGCAAACAAGACAAGGACCGGACCAACUGGACGUCAGAGUUGGAGUGUGCUUGAACAGGUGCUGUCACAACACACAGCACUUUACCAGUUAACCAGGAACAUACAUAUGAUGUGUGUGUGUGUGUGUUUGAGAAACAGAAUGAAUUUGUUGGCCUUGAUAUUCCCAGUAUAUCCGUUAUCUAGGUGUUUCAGUCACUCGUUUUUUAAAUUCUCUAAUUUACCUAAAAAUGGCCAGAGCAUAUAUAGUAUCCUACAGAUAGCAUAUACACUGAUGAGCCGAUUAUUAGGACCACAGCUUAAAAAUGUUCACGGCAAUGGCUAUUUUGUAAUAAUUGUGCUUUAAUAUAA